CAUACAGCUCUGAUGCCCCUCGGUGUGAUGCUCCGAGUGCGGACGGGCUGCACGUUUUUAUUCGGUCACACGCAGUUAUUUCGUCAUUUGAGCAACAGCCGAACAUCCCGCUUUCCCUGCCGGAGAAAGUAGCGUUAGCGGUUUUGCUGUGUUUGUUGGUGCUCAGCGGCACCGGCCUGUGAGCUUUCGGUUCUCUAUUAUCGACCUACUGAAGAGCGCAGCGGUUUCUGCUCACCAUUUUCUGCACCGUGUCAGCAUCUGAGCAGCACAUCGAGGGUGGAAGAUGUUUGGAAAGGCCACACACCGGCUGCUUCACCAGACUGAUGAAGGUAAAGGUCUGAUCGCUGUUUCCCGAGUGAAUGAUUCGGAAAAGUUGAAGCCGCUGGGUAUUGUUAUAAAGCGACCGGCAGUGUGGUUCUGGCAGAGAACCAAAUACAGACCCACAGCCUUCACCCUUAAUGACCUGCUACAAGGGGAACGCAUUGAACCAGAGCUGGAGGGAGCCGAGUUCCUAAAGUACAAAGCGAAGCAUGAAAGUGUUGUUGGUGGAUCGAUGGACACUGGGAUAGUGGGAUUUAAUGUAAAAGCACAGGGGCACUGUGCAUCCAAGCUGUCAUCAUCUCUUGGGACGCUUCACAAAGAAAAAGUGAACAUGCAAAGGCUCCUACAGGACUCCAAAAGCAGGAAGGUGGACUGUGAGCACAAACUCAUUGAGCAGACAUGGGGCAAAACUCAACAGGCCUUCACUGUAUUGAUUGAACGGAUCUUCACCACCUGUGAUUGCACCAUUGAGUACAGUGGUGUGGAAGAGGGUGGCUGCAGCACCAUGCUAAAAGCCUUAGGCUUUCAUCCUGCAGAGGUGUGUCUGAAAGAGAGCAGCAGUCUGCAGUAUGAUACAAAUGUUGCCAUUGAGAUACCUCCACAGACUGUCUUGGCUUACAAUGUCACAAGUCUGGACAUUAAAAGUGACGGCCACUAUGAACUUUCUGCAUACCCUGAUGGAUUUGAAUCGGAUGAUGACUUUACUAAGCCUUCACUUCACAGUGAGGAACAAGUGGACGGUUUACCGGCAUUACCAAAAAUACCAGAGGGCUCUUCACUGAGUGUCCUGAGGGAAGUGCUAUCAGGUGUAAAGGCUAGUCUGCUUGUGUUGGCUCAUUUGCCAGCUCAGUCUCGCUCGUCCAUUCUGUUCAUGUUCCGAAAGAUUCUAAAGAACCGAGCACUUCUAUCAACUUUGGAAGACAAGCUGGAAGACUUACUCUUCAUGUUACGAGCCGGCGAGGCUUCUUGCCUUGCUCAGGGUGAUGACUCAAACGAGCUUAUUGACACUUUUCUGGACCAGCUACAGCCUCUGAGAAGCAGUACAGAUGAGAAGCUGUCCACUACACCCAUCAGCCAAAAUGGAUCCCCAUCUGCAUUGUCAUGUCCUAAUGGGGCCCAUACAUCAGCUAAUAAGAAUGGAACUAAUUACAAUGGAACAUCAUCAGUGGCGUCUUAUUUGAAUGGCUCCUCCUCUAAAAGGACAGAUCAGAAUGGUUCUCACUUGGCUCAGUCCAGUCAAAAUGGAGCUUCGAUAAAGCUGACCAAGCACAGCCAGUCAGUCUUGACUGCCACGCACAUGCUCGUCACUGCUGCUGAGGGACUGACCAACGAUGGACUCAUCUUGCUAGAAAGCCUCUGCUUUUCAGAAGUUCUCAAUGGGUUAAAUGAUUUAGUGAAUCUUCUGACUGAAGAUUCACAGCCUCUCCCCAUCAACAGUCUGCCAUCUCCCCUGCAGAAUGAAGAUGUGUUCCUGAAGGUGAACACGCUCUUCAGCUCAUCCAAAGUCAUGCUGAAGAGAGAGAAAAAGCUCUGGGCAGAGACAGAAAGCUGCUGUGAACACCUCCCUCUAAUGCUGUGCAUAGUCAUCCAUGGCCUUGCAUACCUGAGUGAGGCCCAGACAUAGAUGCAUUCAAAAUGAACUUUAUAAAUGUAUUAAAGCACACUGCUUAUAUUUUAUACACAUUUUAAGCUACUCUCCUGUACUUUUCUGUAUGGGAUAUUAGCUUUAGUAAUGGUUUAUAUGCUUAAGAAAACCAUAUCUCUUUCCUACAUAGCAAUGUUUUAUAUAAUACACUUAUUUACUUUAUUUUUUUUGCCUUUAUAUAUUUUAUGUGUAUUUGUUUUUGUGUGUUUAAGGCUAACUGAUGGAUUUAUUAACAGUAUUUGUGUGAUGUAGUCACACUUUAUAGUUAAGCUGCUGCUAUAUAAAAGCUUUUGAAGAAACAGACAUGCAUAAAGAAUGCUACCUGAACUUUACCAGAUGAAUGUGUAGACAGACAGAAUGUGUAGGAGAGAGAGAGUGAGAGAGAGAGACUUGACCCAGAGAAAUGCAGUUGGUGAUUGACACUGUUUCUCUCUUCAGUAAGAAUUCUCUCUCUGAGCAUGAUUUAGAAUUUCUGCAGUCUUACCUUGACCAGACAUGUUGAUCACCACAGUAUUGCUUAAAUAAUAGAAGCAGCAAGUAAUGCAAGCACCUGCAGACAGCACUGGCGCGAGAACUCAUGCCUGGUACAAUUGGUCUUGAUAACGGCUAUCAGAGCAGACACUGAUUUGGGGGAGGUAGAACAUGCUCUCCCAGAGGGUGAGGAUGAAAAUAUUAGAGAGCAUGAAGAGACAGAUCAGAUUGUGGCCUAUAUUUACAACGAAAAAUGGCCUAUAUUUACAAUCACACAGCCACUGUGUACUGUGGCUACUAAUAAUGUUACUUACAAAUUGUAUUAGUCUCUCAAUAAAAAAUCUGACUCAUGACAUUUCAGUGUCUUUUUCAAUAUAUUUAUUAACCUUUUACUAAAAGCUAAAACAUUUUUUUAAAAAUAUAUCUCAUGUCAUGUUAUAAUUUAGUACAGUUAGUUCUCAAAGCAAACACUUGGUUCUCAAAAUACAAAAAUACAAAGACUAUUAAUAGAGUGGUCAAUUCUUUCCUAAUUUCUAAUUUAUGUUUUCUGAGUUUUAAAUGAUAUGAAUGAGUUUAAACGAUUUGUUACUGCUUGCAUAACUUUCUUAAAUGUAAACCUUAAUAUAUUUACGUAAAACAUGUGCUGUACACAAUGUUGCAAAAAAUGUUUUAUGCCAGGUUUAUUAUUGUUUCUAGUGAAUGAAGUACAAUGAAGCUUGAUUGAGAUAUUUGAAAUAAGGUUAUACUAGUGCCUUUGUAUUCAAUGCUUCUGUUGUAAUGUAUUUAUUCAUGUUAUUGUAGAUGCACCAUAAAAAAUUACUUUGCUCAUCUUUGCUUACUUGUGUCAAAUAUAAUCUAUCUAUAUAUUUUCUAUCCUUUAUUGUUUGUGUAAUACUUAUAUUGUUUAAAAUCUACAGUCAGGAAUCAGUGUAGUGCAACUAGCAAACCUCUGCUAAAACAUAUACAGUCAUAUGCAAAAGUAUAAGCACGCCCUGUCAAAUUAGGUUUUGGGUAGGUUUAGGAUUUUUUAGUGAAAUUUGUACAGAUUUUAGAGCACAAUUUCUAUUUAUCUAUUUGCUAAUUGGACAUGAGCCAUAACUUUUGGGGCAACCAAGCAACCUUUUGCAUAUGACUAUAUGUAAUGCUCCUUAUUGUAGCUAUAAGCUGACCACUGCUUUUAUAUCUCCUGAGACUGUAACUCAGAAUUAUUUGCCUUUUACAGUUACAUAGUAUGACAUAGAAAUUCAUUCAUAUGAUUCAUUUGUUUUUAUUAAUAUACCAAGAACAUUAUGCCUGUAGCUUUUAUUUAUAGUGUACUAAAUGUGUCAAUGUUCGCAUUUUUAUAUAGCCUAUUUGAACUGUAUUGAUAUUCAUGUUCAUUUAUUCCUGUUAAUUUUUGUGUUCUUUGUUAGUUCGUAUUAUGUAUCUUCAUUUCAUGCAUGUGUAGCAUUUACAGAGAAAAAAUAAAAAUCCAUUUGCUGCCAUUUAUGAUUGCAUUGUGUUUUAUAAGCACGCACAAUGAAGUAUGGCAUAG